CCAUUGCAAAGUACCUGGGUGCCUGCGGCCGGAUGGUGGCGGUGAACUACGUAGGCGAGGAGCUGUGGAGUUUCUUCAAUGCCCCUUGGGAAAAGCGAGUCGAUCUGGCCAAGCAGCUGAUGGACAUUGCUGAGCAGCUGACCAACAAUGACUUCGAUUUUGCGUUGUACCUGCUGGAUGUCAGCUUUGAUAAUUUCGCUGUGGGCCCGCGGGACGGGAAAGUCAUCGUGGUGGAUGCGGAGAAUGUGGUGGUGGCCGACAAGAGGUUGAUCAAGCAGAAUAAGCCUGAGAGCUAUGAUGUCUGGUACGAGAGCAGGUUUGAGGAGUGCGACAAGGAGGCUUGUCUUUCCUUCUCUAAAGACAUGCUGUGUUCACGCGUCACAGUGGACCACAACUAUUACGCCAUCUGUCAGAAUCUGCUUUCGCGAUAUGCUACAUGGCGGGGCAGCUCCGGCGGGCUCCUUCACGACCCCCCGCCACACAUAGCCAAAGACGGCCAGCUUGAAACCCUGUUGGAAGAGUGCGCCAACCCCAAAAAGCGAUAUGGACGCUUCCAGGCAGCUAAAGAACUCCGCGACUACUUAACCCAACUAAGCGGUAGCGCUAGGUAAUGACUGCCCAUAAUGGUUACCGCUAAACGUUCACCCAUCAAUGAUGUCUUCAGGGUUUGAGAAUCCCCAUUUGACUUUCAACAAAGAAAUGUCUGAGGAAUCUCAAACCAAUCACGUGUGUAAAUUUUGGUUUUGCGUACAUUAAUCUUUAAAUUAUUGAGUUCAUUGCUUUUAUUCAAUGGUUUAUUUUUGCAAUAAAGGCAGCGUUUAUGUAAACAUCCUCCACUUUAUUAUUAUUAUUUUUUACUGGAGGUUUUGGGGACGCUCAGAAAGGCAGCUGGGAAUGCUAGUAGACAUUAACUCCGUCUCAAAGUUUUUAGCGAACGUCUUCUGCCUAAUUGAUUCACUUACAUUCCAGGAAGAACGUAUACAGUGUAAAGCUUAAUUUGGAGAUGGUGGGGAGGAUGUGGGAAAAUCUGUACAUAAUUAGGGCAGAUUGGUGGGGGAAAUGAGUUGGAAUUGCUUUGCAUAUACCAAAGAGUCUGGUUCUAUGAAACUCAAACCUCUGAACUGAAGUGGUGGUAUUAAAAAACAAACAAACAAAUGACUUCAGUGGUAAAACGGUAAUCAUACGAAACCAAAAAAGUGUCAAAAUGACUAUGUUUUCCAAUGUCUUCUCUUACGUGUCAGGUCAGGGUUUGCGUUUGCUGCAGGCCGUCCGUCAUAUUGCUAUUAGAGUCAGAAUCACAACACGGAGGCAUCUUAUUUCUUGUAGUAAAUGCGUACCCUGACUUUCCACAUAAGGCACAGGUGAACACAGUCAUAGGCUAUGUCCGAAAUCGCAUACUUCCAUACUAUAUAAACCAUUUCAAUGUGGCGAUGUCACUGGCCCAUGAACUUUUCCUGCUUGUUGUCAAACUAUUUUGUCACUUUAACAAGAGUAAAUUUAAUCAUAUCCAAAUGUUAAAACAGCUGUCAUAACAUUAUUUAUCGAUAUGUGGACAUUCUUGGAAGCUAUGGAAAUUAAAAAUGUAAUACAAGAAAUAGGUUAGGACAAUUGUUAUAGUUUACAUCUCUCAAAAUGGUCUGUUGUAUGCUAAAAACAGUAUGCGAGCCGAGUAGUAUGUCUGAAUUCAUAGAAUUCAAAAUACAGCAUGCUAGAAGUACCCAGAUGACCAACUAAUUGGCGAGAUUCUGAAGUGCGCAUCCGAUGCAUGCUGCAGAAUUCAUAAAAGGGAGUGAAGCGACGCAACAGAUGCAGAUAGGUCACGUGUUAAUGACAAAAUGGCGGAUGUAGUACAAGUUCCUUUCAUACUACUCGCAUUCAUACUCUACAGAGCGUACUUUAUUAACAGUCGAGUAGUAAAUUCAAAUUAAAAUGCAGUACCUACUCAGUAGUAGGCGAUUUCGGACGCUGCCAUAGUUACAGUUUAUUUGGUGCACAAAGGUGCUCUUGAAGCUUCGUUUUAUCACUACUGAAGACAAAUGACAAUGUUUUUGGUUCCUUUUAUGGAAUUUGAAUGUCUUUGGACUGUUGCUUAAUAUGGAGGAUGAGGGAGCUCUCAUAUUUCAUCUAAAAUAUCUUAAUUUGUUUUCUCAUAUGAACGAAGGUCUCCUAUUUGGGAUAGUUCACUCCAAAAAUCUUCUCGCACUCCAACAGUUUUUUUUUCUGUUGAACACAAAUGAAGAUAUUUUGCAGAAUUUUGGAAACUGGUAGCCAUUGGGUGCUACCAUUAAACUCGCACUGUAUGCGAGUCAAGUAGUAUGUUUGAAUUCAUAGUAUUUAGGGAAAAAACUAUAGAUGAAGUACAUGGACCAAUUACUAUUAUCGUUGAGAUUCUGUAGUGCACAUUCAAAGAACACUUUUUAUAAUCCCAUGAGGCAACAUGAGAGAAUUUAUAAAUUGACAAUGACGUGGGAAGGUCAUUGAUAAUGACAAAUAACAUAUGUAGUACUGUACAUCUGAAUUCCAUUCAUCCUACUCUCAUUUAUACUACACUACCUGACAAAAGUCUUGUCGCCUAUCCAAGUUUUAGGAGCAACAAAUAAUAACUUCAAGUUGAUCAUUUGGUAUCAGAAGUGGCAUCUUACCCCAGACAUGCUUAAUAAUGUUCAUGUCUGGUGACUGGGCUGGCCAAUCCUGGAGCACCUUGACCUUCUUUGCUUUUAGGAACUUUAAUGUGGAGGCUGAAGUAUGAGAAGGAGCGCUAUCCUGCUGAAGAAUUUGCCCUCUCCUGUGGUUUGUAAUGUAAUGGGCAGCACAAAAGUCUUGAUACCUCAGGCUGUUGAUGUUGCCAUCCACUCUACAGAUCUCUCGCAAUCCCCCAUACUGAAUGUAACCCCAAACCAUGAUUUUUUCUAUACCAAACUUGACUGGUUUCUGUGAGUAUCUUGGAUCCAUGCGGACUCCAGUAGGUCUUCUGCAGUAUUUGUGAUGAUUGGGAUGCAGUUCAACAGAUGAUUCAUUAGCAAAAUUCUGCCACUUUUCCAAACGAUCAACUAGAAGUCAAGUUAUUAUUUGUUGCUCUUACAACUGGGAUCAACGACAAGACUUUUGUCAG